UGCCAUUCCCAACAUAAGUGGCAAUCGUGUUAGUGACGAUUCAAUCAACAACUUGUCGUGAUGAUAUACUCAGCUAUCUUCGUAAUAUUGCCAUCCGCAGUGCUUGCACUGGCGACCAUAGAAACUCUUCCCGAUCCCUUACUAGUGGGCGGAACCGAAUCCAGAUGGGGUAGUUUCCCAUCAGCUGCUUUUAUUAGAACCCCUACAUCAAGCUACUGUGGAGCGGCAGUAAUCCACCCGGAAUUCGUACUAACCAUAGCGCAAUGCGUGUUCGACAGCUCAUCGACGCACCUUCCGGCACACGUGGAAGUCAUCGCCGGCGAUUUGAACAUGUUUCCGGUGUCUGUCGAACGACAAACCAGAACUGCCCUCGAAAUCAUUGCCCAUCACAACUUCACCUCGUUCAACCUGAAUAACGACAUAGCGCUUCUGCGAGUUGACCAACCUUUCACGAUUCCGUCCAACACGGUUGAGUUGGCUGUUCGCCGGAAACGAAUUGUUCCCGAUGAGGCCGAGUGUCUGCUGCCGGGCUGGGGCAUUCAACGAGCGACAACGGCCGGCUUCAUUGAAUCCAGACAGAAGUACCUGACCGUGGAGAUUCUGAAUCGGGACAAGUGCAACGAACCUCACAUUCACCAAGGUCACGUACGGGAGAGUAUGCUGUGCGGUGGAAACUUGUUCCAGAGUUCGAACGCUGCCUGUAGUGGCAAUCUCGGAUCGCCGCUUUAUUGUGACGGACAGCUGGCCGGUUUGUUGUCAUUUGGAACGAACUGUGGCCUGGCGGAUGAUCCACCGGUAUUCAGUCAAGUUCGGUACUUCAAUCGGUGGAUCGAUGGCGAGAUAUUGAAGCGUGUGGUGAAUUGACUGUCGAACAGCAUAUGAAAAUGGAUAGGAAAAAUUCUUUCUGGCAUGUUCUGACCUAUUUACGCCUUUGAAGAUGUACUGUUAUCAAAUAAAACAAUGCUUCUCGCACGACAAA